AUGACGAAGAGGACCUUUAAGAUGUGGAAGAUCAGUUCAUUGGAGUCGGAUGCUGGGGUAAAUUUGGUGGCGUCGCCGAUGUUGGAGGAGGCAGUAUGGAUCUUCGAUUUGGUAUUCACUCUAUAUUACGGCCUGCCCCCAGAAAAAGCCUCCAACUUUAAACGAUAUCAACUGAUAUUCAAGGAAAAAGUAAAUAAUAUCUUUCAUAAUCUCCCUGCCCUUUUGUCUGCUGCAAAGAUUCUUGACUGGAUAGCUUUGAGAGGAAAGGGUAAAGAUGAUGAUCAAGAGUCUGUGGUUAUGUCCAAUAAAAAACGAGAAAAGUUUCUCUGUGUUUUGCCUAAAGUGGAGAAAUCCAAGAACAGAAUGUUUGUUGCUGAACAAAAUAUUAGCUGUAUUAUUGUCUACUUGAAGUUCUUAAAGGUCGCUGCUUUAUAA